AUGGCGUCUAUAUCGCACGUUGUCUAUACUCUUUUAUUGAUGUGGCUUGUUGGCCUCAAUUUCACUACAGCUUCACCAACGAACGUGGCUCGACCUGAGACUUCAGAUAACACCUAUGCUCCUGCUGACUCUUCCGGAAAUGAUUUCAUUGUCGAUUACCCGCAGAGUAUAGAGCCUGGUGAUAGACGGAAGCCAAUCUAUGCAAUUGCCCACAGGGUUCUUACCGUCAAGGGAGUUAGCCAUGCUAUAUCCCACGGCGCCAACGCCAUUGAAAUUGACAUGGUCGCAUGGAGAAAAGGAUGGUGGGCGGACCAUGAUGGUACCCCAACGAGUUACGGCGAUACAGCAAAAGAGAUGUUUAUGGAGAUUGGCCGGCAGCGAGACGCCAGAAAGACAAUCAAUUUUGUUUGGCUGGAUAUCAAGAAUCCAGACUACUGCCCACCUAACGACAAAUGGCGCCACUGCUCUGUGGAACUACUGCGUGACUUAGUCCGGCAGAUUCUAGAGCCCAAGGGCGUCCGCGUACUUUAUGGGUUCUACAGCGCUAAUUCCCGUGCAUAUGACCUUAUCAGUCAAUCGCUGAAUACAAACGAGGCUAUCAACUUGAACGGCAGAGUGAGAAAAGUCUUGGACGAAUUCGAAAAGCAUGGGCCUCCCCAGGUUGCGAAGAGAGUUAUGUCGUACGGGUACUUCAACCUUCCAUUCCAAUUUGGCAAUUGCCAGGAAGAUCGAUACUAUACCUGUACGGAGCUGCGUCAAUUAACUCAAAGCAAAGGAUCUGGAGCUGUCUUUGGCUGGACUUCGGCAAUGGGUGAAGAUCAGUAUGUUGACAAGCUCCUGGGUACUGCUGGAGUUGAUGGCCUCAUUUAUGGCUUCAAGAUGACCCACUAUUAUGAUCAUAGCCGUACUCGUGCUGCUGCGCAAGAUCUUAUCAGAUGGGUUAGGGACCACCCUGACACCCACCGUAUGGGUACUCAGGAUGACAAUCCCUGGUGA